CGAAACUGCGCGUAGGCGUAACGGCGUAAGUCGUGAGCUCAUGAUUUUUUGAGCUUUUAUAUAAGUAACCUACGCGGCACCUCCAAUUCCAACACCACCACCGCCAUCUGAAAAUCCUUCUCUCGACCAACCACAUCUCUCUUUCUCUCUAAUGUCAGCUUCUCUAGUCGGUUCGCCGAUCCUCCCCGAACCCACCCGGUCUAGUAGGUGCCACAGGAAGACCUCCAAGACAAUAAUGGCAACAUGCGUCGACCGUUGCAGAACCACCGAUGCUGCCACAAAACUGCUCUCUUUCGACUCCCAUCUCGACAAAUCUCCUUACAACAAUUACAUGAAACCCUCAAGGCAUCCAGUUUCAGAGCUUGUUCCGUGUGCUCCGGCGAGUCAAGACAGCAAUGGCAAAGAAGAAAUAUGGAUGAAAAUGCGAGAGGAAGCUCAAUCGGAGGCAGAGCAAGAGCCGGUAUUGGCAAAUUACUACUUUGUGUCGAUCCUGUCCCAUAAUUCUUUAGAAAGCGCACUUGCAAACCAUCUAGGAAACAAAUUAAGCACCUCCAGCAUCUCUUCAGACACCCUAUCAGGGGUUUUCUUGAGCGUCUUCACGGAGGAUUGGGAGAUCAGGAGAGACAUCAGAGAUGAUCUAAGGGCGGUGAAGGAACGAGACCCGGCUUGCAUCAGUUAUGUACAGUGCCUGCUGAAUUUUAAAGGGUUCCUAGCAUGCCAAGCACAUAGAGUUGCACAUAAAUUGUGGUCACAGAGUAGGAAAUCACUAGCUCUUUUGAUUCAGAAUCGGGUUUCGGAAGUGUUUGCAGUGGAUAUCCAUCCCGGGGCGAAAAUCGGUCGGGGCAUCUUAUUGGAUCACGCAACCGGAGUGGUGAUCGGAGAGACUGCGGUGAUUGGGAACAAUGUAUCUAUAUUGCAUAACGUGACAUUAGGGGGUACAGGGAAAGUAAGCGGGGACAGACACCCUAAGAUUGGGAAUGGGGUGUUGGUGGGUGCAGGGUCUAAUGUGUUGGGGAAUGUUAAAAUUGGUGAUGGAGCCAAAAUUGGAGCAGGGUCAGUAGUGCUCAAGGAAGUACCCCCAAGAACAACUGCUGUGGGAAACCCUGCUAAAUUGAUCGGAGGGAAGGCGAAUCCAAUUAAGUUGGAUGAGAUCCCUAGUUUCAACAUGGAUCUUACCUCAUUUAUUACUGAGUGGUCUGAUUAUGUCAUUUAGCAGCCAUUUAGGGGAUAAACUCGUCGAUUGUUAUCGUUUUUAUUUUCCCGUUUUCUUUUCUGUUGUUGUAACUUAUAUGAUGUAGUUGGGACUUGGGAGUUGGGAGAGAGAACUUAAGUUCUCCAUAGAAAUAAAGAUAAAGGAGAUCCACAGGAUAAGUUUCGUAUC